AUGGAAUAUGUCGUCAACUGCACUAGAAAAGACAUUAAAAAUUUACCAGAUAACUUGCCAAGAAACAUUCAUCGCCUGGACUUGUCAUUUAACUCGCUUGGUAAUUCAAGUUUUAAAAAUCUUGAAUUAUACGGUAAUGAUCUGAUGUCUUUGUCCAUAGCCAGCAAUAAUGUUACAAUUAUCAACACGGAUAUAUUAUCGUCCCUUACACAUCUUGAGGAACUUGAUUUGACAGGGAAUUUGUUGGAUUAUAUUGAUGAUCGUUUAUUUCUCGCUUUAAAUCUUCGGAAACUUAGCGGUAUAUCAGCCAAGAUGUUUCAUCAUUCAGCUUUCUGGAAAUUAGUAAGCUUGGAAGAUCUUUCGGUUAUAUUCGAACAGGAAUUGAUCAGUGUCAAGUCUAUCCCACGUGAUAUCUUUAAAGGACAACUAAGUUUGAAAUUUGCUACCCUGCAAAACAUAGAGGAUAUUCCACCACUUGAUUUGCCGGUUCAGCUAGACAAUCUUGAUAUGUCUGGAAGCAAUGUAUUUCGAGUAUCACCAGAUAUCUUCAUGAACCUGAACAAUUUAAGAGAGCUUAAUUUAAGUAAUUCAUCGUUGUCAUCACUUGAAAGCGAAUCAUUUAUUGGACUGUCCUCUCUAUCUGAUCUCGAUUUGUCCAGAAACAAGAUAGUUACUCUGCCUAAUAAGUUAUUCGAAGCUUGUCGUUACACAUUAGACUAUUUAGAUUUGAAGUUUGCUCUAAGUGACUUUAUAGCUCUGUAA